AUGUCCAGACGGUGGCCGGGCCGCAGGGGGUUGGCCGCUGUGGCCGCUGUGGCAGUGGUCAACCUGUGUUUGGUGCUGCCAUCGGCCUUCCUCUCUGCCACCCGGGGGCCCCAGAAUUCGCGGCCAUCCCGAACUGCCAGGAGGCUAGGGCCUAGUGGAGGCAGCGACCCCGUGAACAACGUGUCCCCAGAGAUUGCUGAGGCUGGAAGAAAAUAUGCUCAACGCUAUGAGGAUAUCAUGCUGGCCGGCAGACAGCUGUGGGCACAAAUGCAGAAGAAAGAAGAUGUGCCAGACAAAAUCUAUUUCAUUGGCACCAAUGGAAACACCGGAAAGCUGAUAGGCGAGGCUCUGAUGGAUGGAUUGGCUUAUGUUCCGGCCCCAGAUGGCACCUUUUUCCUUCGCCGCAAGCCGGGGGUGGAGUAUCCCAAGCUGAUCUACUACCUGGUGGAUGCCGACGAGGAGCUCGGCAAGAAGGCCCCCAAGUCUGCGGUGGAUUUGUACAUGGAGGAUCCCAACGCCUACCGGGAGAUUGAGACCAGUGUUUUGAAGGAGUUUCAAGAGCUUGAGACCAAUGGAAUUCCUGCUGGAAUUGUGGUGGGUGAGAGUGCGGUGGAUGUCCCCGAGAAUCUGGAGAUCAUGAAGACGGGUCUGGUGGUUUGGAUCGAUGUAGCGCCAGAAUUUAGCUGGAGCAAAACUCAGAUGCGACCCAAACCCGGAGGAGGUCUCUUCAUCCCCUUUGAGAGGGUACGGCCACCAGUGUGGUGCAUUGCCAAUGGCUGGGAUGGUGACAUUGAUGAUGGAGAGGCCAAGGCGGACUACAUCGAAAUGGUGACCCAGUAUGGUGAGAAAUACGAAGCCAUCGCGGACAUCCGACUGAGAGCUGACGUUCCUGGCAUUGCUGAGAACCAGUACUGGGGUGCUGAACGCCUGGUGAAGGCCAUCGCCGAGCUCUAUGGCAUCAGCACGGAGGGCGGAUCCGUUGAAGAGGAAGUGCUGGAACGAGACUUGGAGAAAUUUUUGGAAGGCGCUCGCCUCUCCAAGUAUCUACAGCCAGCAUUGGAUUGGUGUGAUGAACAGGGCGCAGCAACCAUUGAGGACAUCGUGGAGAAUACCGAUGACUUCGCAGAUGCCCUGAGUUUGAAGCCACUGGAGCGAAAGCGCUUGGCGAAAGCAGCAGAAUCCGAACCUUCUGCGCAGCAGCUUCUGCCGCAAGUGCAGCUGCAAAGGACAGCUCAGGCCGUUCUGGCUGCCAGCUGUGCCCUGUUGGAGAAGACGGCGGGCCUAAGUAGCCUCGCCACCCAAGCGGGGUAUCAGGCUGCGGCUGGUGCACCCAGCCCCCAGAAACUCUUCACCUGGCUCUUGUCCCUGUUGUCCUUGUUGCUGCCGAGCCUCGAAACUUGGCUGCGGCAGCGACCACAGAGCGAGGCCUUGAUCCUGAAAAGCGUGCAGCUCCUACCACUGCUGCCCAUGGAAACCUGGAUUCAGCAGAUGUGCUUGGAGAGCGGCGCCAUCCACUCCUUCGCUUUGGUCAGACAGCGCUUGGCCUCCAAACGAGGAGGCGAUCCGGGCGAUCUGCAGGAGGUGACUCUGGCGAAGGUGUGGUUCUGCGGAAACCUGGAACUCUGUUCCUGGGCGUUGAGCGAUGCCUUUGUCGGAGAUAGCUUCGUUUGCAUUGAGGUGCUGGACGAGCUCCAAAGCCUCGAGCUACAGAGGAGGGGCACCUUCCGUCGUUUGGAGGCGGACUUUGACGUCAUCAGUAAGGACAACGAACCGGCCAAGUCCAGCUCGCUGCCUGUGCUGAAGAAAGCCUUGGGCACUCAGUUCGGUGUCAGCUUUGCCUCAAAAUCGUUCUUUAGAGUCUCAAGCAUGGUGGGAGAGGAGGCCUUGUCUGAGGACAAGGCAGCCUCCUUGUUACAGGGCGUCUUGGUGAAGCUUCUUCCAGGCCGACUGUUGGAGCGCUUGGAGGACGCCCUCCGCGCCUUCCGCGACGCGAGCGGCAGUUUUGACUCCUUCUCCAGCUGGAAACACUUGAGAAACGCCUUGCUUCGAUGGAACGACACGGAUUCCAAGCUUCAGUUGAUCUCACAGUACGGCCAGUUGAACGCAUGGAACAUUUCGACCAUCCGAAAUCUGAGUCGUUUGUUCCAAGCUCUGGAGGAUUUCGAUGAAGACAUUGGCGCUUGGGACACUUCUGGAGUAACAGACAUGAGCUUCAUGUUCGCUGGAGCGAAAUCGUUUAACAGGCCUAUCGAAUCUUGGAAUGUUUCCAGUGUCACAGACAUGAAAGCCAUGUUUUACAACGCUGCACACUUCAAUCAAGCCAUUGGAUCGUGGGACGUAGCGGCAGUGAGGGACAUGAGCUACAUGUUCUAUGGAGCGGAAUCUUUCAACAGGCCUAUCGGAUCUUGGAACGUUUCCAGUGUUACAGAUAUGAGGUACAUGUUUUACAACGCUGCACACUUCAAUCAAGCCAUUGGAUCGUGGGACGUAGCGGCAGUGAGGGACAUGAGCUACAUGUUCUAUGGAGCGGAAUCUUUCAACAGGCCUAUCGGAUCUUGGAACGUUUCCAGUGUCACAGACAUGAAAGCCAUGUUUUACAACGCUGCACACUUCAAUCAAGCCAUUGGAUCGUGGGACGUAGCGGCAGUGAGGGACAUGAGCUACAUGUUCUAUGGAGCGGAAUCUUUCAACAGGCCUAUCGGAUCUUGGAACGUUUCCGGUGUUACAGAUAUGAGGGACAUGUUUUACAACGCUGCACACUUCAAUCAAGCCAUUGGAUCGUGGGACGUAGCGGCAGUGAGGGACAUGAGCUACAUGUUCUAUGGAGCGGAAUCUUUCAACAGGCCUAUCGGAUCUUGGAACGUUUCCGGUGUCACAGAUAUGAACACCAUGUUUUACAACGCUGCACACUUCAAUCAAGCCAUUGGAUCGUGGGACGUAGCGGCAGUGAGGGACAUGAGCUACAUGUUCUAUGGAGCGGAAUCUUUCAACAGGCCUAUCGGAUCUUGGAACGUUUCCGGUGUUACAGAUAUGAGGGACAUGUUUGACAACGCUGCACACUUCAAUCAAGCCAUUGGAUCGUGGGACGUAGCGGCAGUGAGGGACAUGAGCUACAUGUUCUAUGGAGCGGAAUCUUUCAACAGGCCUAUCGGAUCUUGGAACGUUUCCGGUGUCACAGAUAUGAGGUACAUGUUUUACAACGCUGCACACUUCAAUCAAGCCAUUGGAUCGUGGGACGUAGCGGCAGUGAGGGACAUGAGCUACAUGUUCCAUGGAGCGCAAUCUUUCAACAAACCCAUCGGCUUGUGGAAUGUAUCUGGUGUUGAGACUAUGAGUUACAUGUUUUCCGGGGCCACCUCUUUUGAUCAGGACCUUGGUUUGUGGGACACGUCUGCGCUUACCGACAUAUCGUAUGUUUUCGCUGGUGCACAGAAUUUCAACAAACCUUUGUCGACAUGGAACUUUUCAGCAGUGCAAAACUCGACAGGUCCUUUCGAUGGUUCUGCUGUGCUGCGCUGUGUUCAUAGUCGUACCUCCCAAGCUCAGGGGUGGCCUGCUUUAAGCUUUCAGGCUUUUGAAUUUAGCUUCGAGCCGUGCCCCUUGUGCCCUUGCCGUGACCCAAGCUUGGCGUGUGUAGAUGGAAGAUGCUCUCCGCUCAACUCCGGCUUCAUCGACCUGGGGCGAGGCAACUGGAUGCCGGCAGAGGCCCUUGCAACAGCUGCCGGUUUCCGCCAAUGUGUUGAAAAAUGCCAGGAAUCCGAAGAUUGUUCCGCCUUCAUCCUCCAGGAUUCGGGACGAUGCUUCUUGCAGAGAACCAGGCCGCAGAAAUCCCAGGAUCAUAACAUAGGUGAUAGUCUCGCCUUCUUGAAACCGUCUUGCACGACCUUUUCAUGUGGUCCUGGUGCCACACCGAAACCACUGGGGUCGAGCCCAGUUUCUGUGAGUGAAGCAGCUUGCUGCAGCUGCCUGGACCCGAAAGUUCCUGAGCCCGGCCACAGAUCCCGUGGAGAUUUGCGGUGCGUGUCAUGUCCCGAAGGCACCGAAGCUCGAAACGAAAGCUGUCGGACGUGCCCUGCAGGUCGCUAUGCCCCGGCUGGAUCCAAGACAUGUCAGGCCUGUGGCCCAGGACGUGUGCCGAAUGCCAACCGCAGCGGGUGUCAGACAUGUCCUCCGGGAACGUAUUCUGACCUGGGCAAGUGGUUUCAUCUGCCUUCGAUCGCAGUGGGGCUUGUGGUCCUUGGCCUUUCCCUGUUCUUCGCGUGUCACCGAGUGAAGAAACAGUGGCUCCGCGAGAGCCAGAAGCGCUCUGAUCAAGUGGAGAUGCUGCUGCAAGAGAUGGACGACGCACUCUGGGAUGAACAGGAGGAGACGGUGCUGCAAGACUUUCUUCAGCAGCUUAGCAGCUUCGGAUGGACACCAGAUGCCGUGGACCGGCAGGUGAAGGAGAUCCGGGCGCGUCACAGUCACCACGCAGGUGUCAGCAUGGCCUAUUUGCUCCGAGAUUUCGUGCAGUUGGCCCAGGAGAAAUCGGGGGAAGUUGAUCCCACUUUCCUCCGAUUGAAGGAAGUCUUCUGGUUAAGCGACAACAAACUUGGCCAAGACCGCCACUGCCCAAGGGAUGGGAAACCAGGUUGCGCCCUGGUGGACAUGCUUCCUUUCCAGCAUCGACAGAAGCAGAACCACUUCAUGUCUUGGAGUUGGCAGUAUUCACUGGGCCAGUUGCGAAGCGCCCUGCAGAUGUGGAGAGUUCAGAGACCAGCUGGCGAGAUUUUCUUCUACAUGUGUUUUUUCGUGAACAAUCAAUUCCGCUUGAUCGUGGACGGAACUCCUGCGGGAAGUGACAACCUCGAGGAAGUCUUCGAAGCGAAUCUUCGGCGCACGGGACACGUGGUGGCCGUGUUGGAUACCUGGCACCAGCCGAUGUAUUUGCGACGCGUGUGGACGAUCUAUGAACAGUACGUAGCCUGUGCUCUGCACAUCGAUGUGACCUUCGUGAUGCCGUACGACGCGUCCGUGUCGUUGUCCCAGAAACUGUCCCUGGGAGACGCCGGCAUUGCCGAAGUCACAGGAUCCCUCUGCGAGGUGAACGUGGCCCAUGCAGAAGCCUUUGACCCACGGGAUGAGAAAAAGGUGAAGGAAACGAUCCAAAGAAGUGUUGGUUUCGAUAGAGUUAAUUCACAUGUGAAAAGUGCCAUGGUUCAGUGGAUUAGUGGAGUUGUCAGAGAUAAAUUUCACCAAUUGGUGAAUGAAGCGUCCGAAGAGACGUUUUACGUUUAA